AUGACCAUCAACUCCUACGGACGUUCAACUCUUGAAACGCCUGCUUUUCACGUCACGUUCGCACCUCUCCUUCCGGUGAUGCGACCAAUCCUGGGUGGGUUGUUCUGCGUUAGAUCACGAAUGUCUCAACCUCUACAGAUCCGUGUCCUUCCAAAGUUCAUACCCCUAGUUCCUGGACUUAGUUCCCUAUGUUUUGUCACCUAUGGACAAGUCCUGUUGGCUCUGCCACUGUUGCUGCUGGUUCUGGCAGGCUACACCAAAAGUUUCCUUGACCCCGACCUCGACCAAUCUGGGUCAAUUGCUGGGUUGGCGCUCAUGGCAGCCUUCUUGACCGCCAACAAAAGCAAUUCCGUGUUGUCCUUUGUGCUCGGAAUUCCCUUUGAACGGCUCAUCCCUUACCACAAUCUAGCAUCUUUGGCUGCCAUUCUGUUGAGUGCAUUUCACACAUACGUGGCUUUUGUCUAUGGCGACAGCAGUGGCGAUGGGAAGGGAUCACGCGAGAGGCGCCUAUCUGAGGAUAGUGCAUACGCCUUGUUUGGGCCCAAUCCCGACUUCGUCAAGUUCCUAUUCGAUGGAGGAACGAAUUUCAGCGGUACCAUGAUCAUUGUAUUCAUGCUUGUGUUGGUUGGAACCAGCUUCUUUUCCGUAUUCCGUCGCUGCUUCUUUGAGUUCUGGCUCUUUACUCACGUUGCAUCCGCAAUUGGAGUCGUUGCCUUCUGCUUGGCUCACUCUGUGGGGACUGUCUUCAUAGUCGGUCUCUGGUGGGCGGCUGAUGUUUUCUUCCGAUACGUUAUCAUGUCUCUUUGCGUCUACCCGAAGAAGGCAACUUUGGAGUUGGUUCUAGAGGAUGUAGUGGAGGUGCGCUUCAAAGCUUCUGGCUUCAAGUACAAUGCUGGCCAGUUCGUGCAGGUUUGCUUUCCAAGCAUUGCAACGUUCCAAUUUCAUCCUGUGACAAUUUCAAGUGCCCCCCACGAACCCUAUGUGACUUUGCAUAUUCGCGCCCUGGGUGGUUGGUCCAAAAAGUUGGCCAGCCUUGCUGCAACGUGCCAUGAGACAACAAUGAUGCUGGAAGGACCGUAUGGAAGCUUAGCUAUGGAUCUGAAUAACGACAAGCGAUAUCAAAUGGUCUUGUGUGUCGGAGGAGGCAUUGGAGUGACCCCGUGCCAGAGCCUUGCACGUCACAUUUUGCACGGGUACCACAAAGGGAGAACUCUUCAAAAACUACAGUUUGUCUGGGCAGUUCAAAGCUUGGAAAUGGCUUUGGCUAUCCCUCCACCUCCUGUCAUUGAUUGUGCAACGGUUGUUGGUGAUUCAGAGGUUUUUACCAAUGCGGAGGAAAAUUCUGAAGUUCUUUCUACGCAUGUUUACGUAACAAAGCCUGAGGCAUUCCAUGAUGAGACCUUGGCCGGCUGUCACACUCCAUUUACUCUGUUCGAGGGAAGGCCCGAUUUUGACUCAAUCUUUCGAGGACUCCGUCGCGAGGCUAAGGAGAACGGCCUCACCAACGUCGCAGUCAUCGUCUGCGGCCCCAAAAAGAUGACGCAUAAGCUGCGUGCAUGCUGUCGAGAGUACAGUGACUUGGAGGUGACGUGCAACGGGGUGAAGUUUGACCUGCACGAAGAACUCUUUGAUUUCUAAAUGAAAUGACGCAUCUGUCCAACUGGAGCAUGUUGAUGCGACCGUAGUCGUGGGCUUCAUGUCCUUUGGAGUGUACUCUUCGUCAGGGUUUGCUUCGGCGUGUUAC